UUGUAUAUCACAGACUUGACAAGUCUCCGAUCCUCUUCAGUGAGAAAGGUGCUUUCAGUCACAUCGAAGACAAUAUUCAUGCAUUCAAAGAUUACCUGGCAAAUGAAGAAGUUUGGUAUAUCGUGGAUGGUAGGAAACCGAAGGAAUAUGUCGCCAAGACAAUUCUCAUUUGUUCAUCCCAGAAACGUCAUUAUAGUAGCUUUGACAAGCUUGGAACAACUAUCCGGUAUAUGCCGGUAUGGUCUUGGGAAGAGAUCGAUGCAUGCAGGAUUAAGCUUUUCCGUAAUCUUACUCAAGGACAUGUUCGGAAAUUAUAUAAUAAAUGGGGUGGAAUUCCUCGGUUUACCUUAUUUUAUGCUCUCAAUGUUUCUCAGCAAAAUCUUCUUCAAAGUGCAAUUAAUUCGGUUAACGAUAAUUUGUUAAAUUUUGUUGGUGAGACCACAGACGACAAUAGCGCCAGUCAUAAGAUCGUCCAUAUCUGCACGAACAUACCAAAAGGAGAGGAUGGAGAAGAAGGAGGUGAAAGUGUGGGAGAUGUGGAAAUAACGGAAGUAGAAGAUAAUCCUGGAGAGCCCUCUAUGUCACAAUCUUCCGCAGUAACUAGAUCAGUAACUAGACCAGAUAAAAGGAAAAGUGUUAUAGGGAAUGGUGAUCCUUUCUAUUCAAUGUCAACUUUAGAGUUUGCGUCCGAUUAUGUUUCUGAAGAGGUAAUGGACAAACUCAUUAAGAAUUAUAGAGAUCAGUUGGAGAAUUUCGUGAAAGCUAGUUCAUCAAUUAGCGAUUACAGUACACUCCGGGACGCUAUAUUCGAACAGAUUGCUCACAGAAAAUUAUUAAAAGGAGGAUCGUUUAAUGCUCGCCUCCUGCUUCGGGAUGUACAAUUCAAAACUGUCAAUACCCACUCGGAACAAACGGCUAUGACUAUUUCUGAGAGUCAUCCUAUUAUAAAGAGCGGAUUAGAAAAAUAUAUUAAUAAGAACGAUAAUUUUGAUAUCAAAUUUUAUUUUGUCUUACCGAAGGAAAUGUAUGACUCUUACCAGGAGCAGGUUAUUUACACCACAAAGAGAACUGUUCUCAAGAAUAGGCCACCUUGGAUUAACCGUCUUAAGCAAUAUGCUCUGGAAAUUGACCUGAAAUUGUAG